UGAUAUAAAGUAUAAAACGGAUUAUGAUAAGGCAAUUUCAGUCUUACAUUAUUUGCACGUUAAAGUAUUUGAUUGUGAAAACAAGUGUUUUGAGACGAUGGAAAUUACUAAAUAUAAUGUACCUGAACAGUGUUUUCCUAGAUAUCAAUACUCAAAGAAAAUUAGGGAGGAUUUAGCUAAACGUUAUAAUGAUUUGAUGAAGAGACUUAAACGUGUUGCCGAGCCACUUGAAGACAAAAGUGAUUUGAAUGAUAAGGAAAUAUGUAUUUUCCUGUGCAAAGAUUUAUCCUCUAAAUACCAUUUGCCGAAUAUUCAAUCAAUAGUUUCUAGAAAGAGCGACAUCGUAACCAACGAAAAUACGUCAUCGCUCGAAGGACCUUUCAGGAAAAAUACCUUUGUCAUAACCAACAGGAAAAAUGACAUUUCAAAAUCUAUAAAAGGUUUUGAGGAACAUAUUAUUGUAAUUGCCAGUGAUGAAACAGAUAAGCAAGCUCUUUUGGAAACUUUUAAACAUUAUGAACAUGUUGAUGUGUGUACAGCUGAAAAUGUAUGUGAUGCUUUAUCCACACGUUUAGAACGAUAUGCUUUCUCAGGAAUGAAAACCGCUUGCGAAUGCCUUGAUUAUAUUCUUAUGAAUAGAAAAUCAGAGCAUUUCAAAACACAACAUGAUCAUGAAGAAAAAGCUUCAGUGACCAGCGAAAUUACAGAUAAAGAAAACGAUCAUAUACAGACAAAGGCUGUCAAAAGAGCACAGUCGGAAAAGGAUAAUUCCAAACGACCUACAGUAUUCAUUCUGAAACGAUCACAGUCAGUAAAUGAACAUUCAAAAUCAGGUAGACACAUUUCCGAUAAAAAUGAUCAGAAUCUGGGGUCGUCUUCCACAGACACCACUUCCGUGUCAGGAAACAAACGUACAGCGAAAGAACAAGGAAAGGUUGACAGCACUAAAUCUCAGAGAAGUAUCGCUGUUCUAAUCAAAGAAAAUAUGGAGUCUAUAGAGCGUCUGUAUGAUGAAAUUGUUGGGAUGUUCAAUAGAAGUAAUCUUCCAGAGACUGAGUUUCCAGAUCUAUGUUACAAAAUGAACAAAAAAAUAAAUGGGAAGUUAUUGGAGGAGCUUCAGAAAAUGAGUGAUACGAUCCAAAGCUGUGGUUAUCGUUUCAGCACAUUUCUGAUUUAUACCAAAGACGGGUUGUGUUCAGAAGAGCUAAGUCAGAAAAUUAAUAGAGUUUUAGAAGAGCAUGGUAUAACAGAAUAUUCAAUAGUUACAUCAGAUAUAAAUACAUUUUCAACUUGUCACGUCGGCAAGAAAAUUGCAGUGAAAGAUACGAAGAACGAUCGUAAAGUCUGCGGAACACUAGGUGGGUUUGCGCACACGUCGUCGGGAGAAUCUGAACGAAAUUGGGCUCUCAUCUCAAGACAUGUUGCAAGUUGUAGUUCAGAUAGAAAUUUAUAUGUUGAAAAUGGUGAAGAACGCGUGGUGGCUAAGAUAAUGAAACAGAUACAUGAAGGUGAAACAGAAAAACAAUAUUUGGAUAUCGCUGCUGCUUGUCUGGAAAAUGACGUAGAAAUCGGCUAUGAUACACGGUAUAUUACAGAAGAAAAUGUAUUAGUACCAGGAAAACUUUGCAACUACGACACUGAAAAACUUCGAGGCUUACCUGUCCAUAUCAAAGGUGCCUCAACGCCGCUGGGACUAGGUACUGUAACUAUUCCAGAACAAAGUUCAGUCCAGAAUUACGAUUUGGGCGAAAAUUAUGUUGUUGUAGAAGACAGAGAGGAACAUGGUGCAUUCUGCAAGGAAGGUGACAGCGGUGCAAUAGUAUGUGCAGAGCAUCCAGAUAAAUACGGGGAAGAGGUCCAGCUUAUCUCAAUGGUCGUUGGGGAAAACUGUGGUAGAAAAGGCUCAUAUGCCACAGUCAGAUUAGAUAAAGGAUUAGCACAGCUUAAAACUCUGACAGAAAAAGAAUUUUACUUGAGUUGACAUUUCCGAUACAUAUGCUAGACAUAUUAAAAUAUCUUAGAAUGCAGAUCUCUUUCACUAGGUGGAGAUACAAACAGAAAUAUCCGAGACGUCAUAUAUUCCGAUCCGCAACAUCAACCAGAAGGUAUUUUGUGCAUACCAUUAUCUACAAGAUAAAACACAUAACGUUCUUUUCUGUAAUAUUUCAGCAUUUUGUUCUCGUACAAGUUCACACAUCUACACGCCGAAUGAUUUACGUUUCCAUUCAUUUAAUGAUGUCAUUUAAAACAAGAGUGUCAUCCUACAACUCGGAAAGUCAUAUGAAUUUUUCUUGCAUACAGGAUGGAACCUUCUUUCUGUUUAACCGUUGCUAGAAAACACCGUCUGACAAAAUGGGAUGCAGAGUGAUUCUCUUGCUGUAAUUCAAGAUUUUUAUAAUAAAAAGCUGUAAAAUAGUGCUUAUCAAAUACAUA